GGCCUCGACACCUGGUCACGUGGACAUACGGUUCCGCGCGUGUAACCACGUGGAUACAUGUUUGUGUCUCCUUGGAAGGAAUCGGGAAACGGAAACGACAGGAUCCACCGGUCGCCGCCCAAUCCGCCGCCGCCGGCAAAGGAGGAUCUCUUCUCUUCGCCGGACACACGGAAACCCCGUGCUACUACCUCGCUGGGUCCGUAAUACUCCCUUUCGUUUACUUUCCUGGCGCCGUCUCGCCUCCGUCUAUCUCGCGUGGCCGUGGUUCAGACUCCAGAUAGGGUCUCCUGUCUCGUCCCUGUCUCAUCGCCGGCGGCGAGCUUCCUGCCGGCUCCAGGAGAACUCCAACCGUCCCUAUAUCUAUGGAACGGGAUGAAGAAAAAACCAAUAAGCCUCUCUUGGCAGCCGAGAAUCACAGAGCUUCUUCAAUUUGGGUGGUGGUUGCCAGCACCGCCAUCGCUGUUUGUGGAUCAUUCGUAUUUGGCAUCUCGGUGGGCUACUCAUCACCAUCUCAGGAGGGCAUCAUGCGUGAUCUUCACCUCUCCUUAGCUGAGUAUUCUGUCUUUGGUUCAAUAUUAACAAUUGGAGCAAUGCUGGGUGCAAUUCUCAGUGGUACCAUAGCAGACAGAGUCGGUCGAAGAUUCGCAAUGGCAAUAUCAGACGUUUUCUGCAUUAUUGGAUAUCUCUUUAUAAUCUUUUCGAAGAAUGUUUUGUGGCUUGACCUUGGAAGGCUCUCAAUUGGAUGUGGGAUUGGUCUUCUUUCAUAUGUGGUCCCAGUCUAUAUAUCAGAGAUAACACCCAAAAAUCUUAGAGGACGGUUCGCAGCUGGAAACCAGCUUCUGAUAUGUUGUGGGGCAUCCCUUGCAUAUGCCCUGGGGACCUUUAUGACCUGGCGUACUUUGGCAAUAGUCGGAGUGACACCAUGCAUACUGCAGCUGAUUGGCCUUCUCGUGAUUCCUGAAUCUCCCAGAUGGCUGGCUAGGACCAGGGACCAAGUUGUGUUUGAGAAAGCAUUACAAAAGCUAAGGGGAAAAGGAACUGAUAUCUCUGAAGAGGCAGCAGAAAUCAAAGAUUUCACAGAAAAGCUUCAGCUCUUGCCGCGGUCAAAGAUGUUGGACCUGUUUCAGAAGGAUUAUAUGCAUGCUGUUACAGUUGGUGUUGGGCUUAUGGUCUUUCAGCAGUUUGGUGGAGUGAAUGCAAUUUGCUUCUACUCCAGUGAGAUAUUUGUUUCGGCAGGUUUCUCGUCAGGGAACACAGGAAUGCUCGCUAUGGUUGUAGUCCAGAUUCCUAUGACGGCACUUGGGACGCUUCUAUUGGACAAGGCUGGAAGAAGGCCACUUCUGAUGGCCUCUGCAGCCGGAACAUGCCUCGGCUGCCUACUAGUGGGGUUGUCAUUCUUAUCUAAGGAAUAUCAUUGGGCGAAGGACUUGAACGUGGUGUUGGCAUUGGCAGGGAUUCUGGUCUUCACUGGAUCUUUUUCACUGGGUAUGGGAGGCAUACCAUGGGUUAUAAUGUCAGAGAUCUUUCCCAUACACAUGAAAGGAUCAGCAGGGAGCCUCGUGACCUUAGUGAACUGGCUCGGCUCAUGGAUCAUCUCAUACGCUUUCAACUUCCUCCUGCUGUGGAGCUCUUACGGCACAUUUUUCAUGUUUGCGAGCAUUUGCGGGCUCACAGUUGUGUUUGUGGAGCGGCUGGUGCCAGAGACUAAAGGAAGGACCCUGGAAGAGAUCCAAGCGUCCAUGAACUCAUCCUUGGCGCCAGCUUCUUCUGGGAUUAGUCCAAUUGCGUAGCUUAAAUUUGUACCUAGUUCCAAAUUCCGGUGUGUAUCCUGGGAUAUUGUAAUUAGUUUGUGUACGAAUAACAUAAGAAGCGACUUGGUAAAAGACAGAAACAUAUAUUUUUAACAUUUGUGAAGUCCCUCAUUGUGUCA